CUGGUUUGCUUUGCUGUGUGUGAAGAGUUUUUCACUGAUUGCAUUUGUUCAUUCCGCUGGUGAUGUCGAGAAAUUGAAAAGUAUCAGAUUCCACAGAUCAUAUCGAACUGCGAGGGCAACUCGGCCAGCAGGGCCGUCCUUUUUUUUUCUCUCCGAGGACAGAUUGUGCACCCAUUCACUAGAUAUGUCACCCAUCAAUCAUUGCUGUUUACUGCUGGCUUUCCCGGAUGUCCACCAGCGCUGCUCGGCGCCGAGUCCAUGUUGUGAAACGGUUCUGCAGUGCUCGCCCCGUUAAUCCUGACCAGAUGCUGCCAGACCUGUUGAGCGAUUCCAGCAACUUCUGUUUUUGUUCCUGAUUUCCAGCAUCCAAGUUAUGCACCAUGCCUAUAGUAGACAAGUUGAAAGAAGCCCUGAAGCCUGGACGGAAAGAUUCUACUGACGAAGGUGACCUUAACAAACUGCUAACAGCUUCAGCAAAGAAAGUUCUUCUUGAGAAAAUUGAAUUUGAGCCUGCCAGCAAGAGCUUUUCCUGUCAACUAGAAACUCUGAAGAGUAAAUAUGUCAUUUUGAAUCCUAAAACUGAAGGUGCAGUCAGCCAGAAAAACACUUGUUCCACCCCGACAAAAAAACAAGUCUGUGAAACCAGUGGCAUUUCAGAUGAUGGGAUCCCAGCCCCUCAGAAAAUACUGUUUCCAAUGGAAAAGUUGUCCAUGAAAUGGGUCCGUGUGUGCAGAGUUGGUGCAGGACUCCACAACCUUGGAAAUACAUGUUUCUUGAACUCCACUAUACAGUGCUUGACUUAUACACCCCCACUGGCCAAUUACCUCCUUUCAAAAGAGCACAGCAAGACAUGUCCCCAGGUUGGAUUUUGUAUGAUCUGCAUCAUGCAGAACCAUUUGAUACAGGCCUUUGCUAACAGUGGAAAUGCUAUCAAACCAUUAUCAUUCAUUCGUGAGCUAAAAAAAAUAGCUAGACAUUUUCGCUUCGGGAAUCAAGAGGAUGCACAUGAGUUUCUGAGAUACACAAUUGAUGCAAUGCAGAAGGCCUGUCUGAGUGGUUGCACCAAGUUAGACCGUCAAACACAAGCUACUUCAUUGGUGCAUCAAAUUUUUGGAGGAUAUCUUAGAUCUAGGGUUAAAUGUUCUGUGUGCAAGAGUGUAUCGGAUACAUAUGAUCCUUAUUUGGAUAUUGCUCUUGAAAUAAGGCAAGCACCCAAUAUUGUCAGAGCCCUCGAACUCUUUGUGAAGCCUGAUUUUCUCAGUGGUGAGAAUGCUUAUAUGUGUGCGAAAUGCAAGAAGAAGGUUCCAGCUACCAAACGCUUUUCCAUUCACAGAGCUUCAAAUGUGUUGACCCUUUCCUUGAAACGAUUUGCAAACUUCAGUGGUGGUAAAAUCACAAAGGAUGUUGGUUAUCCUGAACAUUUGAAUAUGCGUCCAUAUAUGUCCCAAAGUAAUGGUGAGCCAGUCAAUUAUGGAUUGUACGCAGUGUUGGUGCAUUCUGGAUAUAGUUGUCAUGCUGGACACUACUACUGUUAUGUCAAGGCCAGUAAUGGACAAUGGUAUCAGAUGAAUGAUUCAAUGGUUCAUUGUAGCAACAUCAAGGUGGUGCUGAAUCAACAGGCUUAUGUACUUUUUUACUUGAGAAUGCCAAACUCUAAGAGCAGCAUAGAUGAUGCAUCUAAGCAGAACCUGAUACAGACCCUUGCCAAAGCCAACAAUGGCACAACCAUGCCCAAGAAGCCCGCACUGAAUGGAUAUUUGAGUUCCCCUCAGAUGACAAAGAAGCCGGAGUCUCUGCAAGUAAAGUUGCAAGCUUCUGCAAGUGUUGGUGUGCCAGUCCCAAGAAACAGCAUUAACCAGUCACCUAAGCUUCCAGUGAAACCAAUGUGUGCACCAACCUUCAUCGAUGAGUCAUUGAAGAGGAUUAAGAAAUCUUUACCUCAGCUGCAACCAAAAUCUUCUCAGGGCCACUCGGCAAGUAGUUCAAGUAGUGGCAGAACAUCAAUAUCAGAAAAUGCAAAGAUGACUGCACCAGAAAGCAAGGAAUUACCUACAUCUACCUCAUUCAAGUCAUUGUUAACUGGUGGAUCUGAGCAGAAAGGGAAAGAAGACAUCCAUAACCCGCAGAAAGAUUUUGGCAGUGAUAAACACAGUUUGAAUGGGAGCAAUGUUGCAAAAAAUGGAUUGAAUGACCAACACUCGGAGCCAGAAGAGUCAGAUUCAGAAUCUCAAACACACAGCUCAGCCAAUGAGAGGACUGAGAGUAGUGCUGAGGAUCAGGGAGUGUCCAAAGUAAAGCCCCAGCUGCUUGCAGAAGAACAGUCCAGCACAAUGUCACCACCUCCAGCUAAGAGGCUUGCACUGUCAGCCAAAAAGGCCACCUACAGCUGGAAGGUGACAGAAAAUGAACCAUAUUCUCCAUCACUAUCAUCAACCCACAAAGCAAAAUUAAUGAAAAAAGGCCACAUCUUUUCUUCUGCAGUCAAAACUAGGACUUUACCAUCUACUCCAAAAGUGCAGAUUUCCCAACAAACAGGAUUUAGUUCUCCAUCUAAAAUCUCCAAGAAGUCAUGUAGUUCUAGUUUCUCUCAGUCGCAGCGAAGAUCAUUGGAAGCCAUGGAAGCGGCUUGGCAGCCUUCUGCUCUAGUAAAUGACAGUGCUACCUCAUUGAAAAACCAUUCAUUAUCUGGUCAAGGUAUUAGUAAAAUGUGUACUUCCAAGACUGAGUUAACUGAUAAGACACAUGCACACUGCAUUGACAGCUCUAUGGAAUCAGGGGACAGCAGUGAGAAACCUAAGAAGAAGCAUAAACAUUUAAAAAGAGCUGCAGUUUCUUUUGAUUCUGAAUCAUUCAACCAGACAACAUGUGAUGAUGCUGCCAAGACUGAUGGUAAAGAUAAAAUUAAGAGAAAGAAGCGACGUGAGACAGCGGAGAAUAAUAGUGUUUGUGACUGGCUUCAGGAAGAAUCUGUCAAGAGCAAUGUUUCAUCAGAAGAGUUGAUCCCAAAAAAAGUGAAGAAGAAAAGGAAGAAGCAUAAAAAAUACACAGAGACGUUGGAAGGAAAUGACCCUACUGAGUCAGCUGUGGAAAAUUGUUCAGGAUGGAAUGAACUGGAAAGGCCUAAAGGAUCAGAAUUGCAAAAGAAAAAUCACAAGACAAAAGAAAACCAAAAAAGCGAGAAAAAACACAGGAAACGAAAGAGAAGUAUGAGUUCAGAUGAUUGUGCAAAUUCGGACCCUCCGGUGAAUCAGUCUGCCAGAAACAAGAAUCAGCAAGUCCCUGUGGUUAUAUGGGACAGCCAGAUAACGGACGGUUAUAAACGCUCUGAAAAGCAUUCCAGUGAGGAAAGACCUGCAUCUGCUGUCGCACCCAUUGCAAGCUUAGCCUGGGAUGGGACGAAGCAAUCCGCUGUUGUUCAAGAGCUCUUGAAACAUUCAAGCAACAAGGCGUAUGGAACUGAAGUGCUGACUUGGGAUGGAGCAGUGUCAGCUGUCAGCCAAGAUGCCAAAUGUGACACAAAACAGGAAGAAUAUUCAGUUGUUAUUGAUGACUGGGAUGAAGAAUUUGACAAGGGGAAGAUUAAAAAAUUGAAGGGAUUUAAAAGAGAGAGAAAAAGAAACUUUAAUGCUUUCCAGAAAAUGCAAAACAGAAGGAAUUUUUGGUCUACUACUCAUUCAGCAAAGUUUUCCAGGUUUUAAAAGGAAAACAGGGUUCACUUAGUUGAAGAUGUCCACGGGAAGAAGCGCUGAGAGCUUCUCAGCAAUGCAGGCCUAUGUUCAGUGUCUUUUUUUUUGUUGGUUUGAACAAUAAGACUGAUGCUGAAGCAGUUUGUGGUGGCCAGAAACCCAUAUUAAGAUUCCGGAGGAGAGAUUCAAUGGUCGUAACAGAGCUCUAGCACGAGAUUAAACAAGCCAUGAACUGAGGACCUGCAAUCGAGUAUGGAUUACAUUUCUACAAUUCUUACAACUCAUUGCAUCCAAAGCAAAAAAUUGAUUCAGAAGUCCGUAGAAAUGCAGUAUGUUACAUUGUUUUAGGUUUAUGUGACAAUGCAAAAUUGCAUUGUCAAUAUAAAAAUUUUCUCUCACCCAUGGAGGAAUGAAAAUGGAAGUCCUAAAUUGCACGGUAGCAGCUCGUCAUGAUAUUCAGUAGCAUUGCUCCAUUUUGUGUCCAUUUCGACCAACUUGUCAUGGGAAAAUAUCCUAUUUUAUUAUAAAUAUACUCAUUCAGUUUCAACUGAUUAAGUAACAAGCUAAAUCCCUGCUUUGUGGAAGUUCUGCACUGUUAUCAGCUUCUGUUAACUGGCUAUUUUAUAACUGUGCUUAAUUGAAUAUAUAGUUUUAUGUACUAUUUAAGAUUCAAGCAUUCGUUUGUUCAUCCAUUCGUUAAUACUGAGUUCUGUUGAGGUUUAUCACCUCCAUUUAGCUAAAUAUAUUUCCUCUCUGGCUGCUUUUUUCCCCUUCUUAUCUUUCCUUGCAUCUCUUUUGCUAAAGAGUUUCAGUAAAAAAUACAAUUUCUCCCUUUGUUUUCCUCCGUUGGAAUUGUUGAUUUUUGCAUUGCAUGCCAUUUUUUGGAAUGAUGCGGAGGUCCCGGUGUAGCACUGAGGUGGACAAGGUCAGAAAUCACACGAUACUGGGUUAUAGUCCAAUAGGUUUAACCAAAUGCACAAGCUUUCAGAGUCCACUAACACCUAAGAAAGGAGUAAGACUCAGAAAGCUUGUGUUUUUAAAUAAGCCUUUUGGACCACAAGCAGGUGUCGUGUGAUUUCUGACAUUUUUAAGCAAUUCAGAAUGAUUAACCUUCUCCGCCACCACUCCAGAAAGUGUUCCAGCUCACAGUUUAGCUUCUUGUUAGAUUAGUUUGCAUUCUCACUUUAUUUACCAUAAUAUAUCAGGUAUUGAAUCUGCUCAAUAGUUCGCAAAAUAAGUGCCUGUAAUACAGAUAUCAUUCAGUUGAGCUUUUGAGAGCAGAAAGGAAUUGCCUAUGAAUUAACAUGCAACGUUCUGAGUUUGUCAACAUGACAUUUGAAUAAAAAGCUCAGCAUUAAUUUCCAUUUGCACAAUAUUAGGAAAUAAUCUGUUAGGCACCAAAACAAACUGUUUUCUGUGUUUCCAGGAAACAUGUUAAAAUAAGAUUCUGAAUGUUAAGAUUAGCUGCUUAGAAAAUCACCUUUUACAGUGUUGUUAUAAUAAUGCUGUUGGGGUAACUGACACCUCCAAAUAUGUAUUUCCCAACCUGUGUAUUAAGGUAGUUCCAAUUCCAUUCAAUCUAAUAUCUACAAUGUGUAUAUUCAUUACUAAAGGUACUUGAUACUUUUCCCAGCAGAGUACUCUUAAAGUGAACCUGCAGAAUUGGUACUCUGAGUAGAAACCAGACACUGGAGACAGUCAGUACAUAUUGAAAUGUGACUGUAUCCAUUGAUCAGUGAUUUACUGAGAAUGUACAGAACUUAUAGCUUGACAAAGCUUCAACUUAGGCUCCACCUUCCCUUCAUUUGCUUCAAAACUUCAGCUCUUUAAACGAAGACUCAUUACCUUGCAUUGAAUAACAAUUCCUGUAAAAUGCCAUGUUUAGGUGCUUUAGGAUAUUAGAAAUUAUUAUAAUACUGAUGUGAAAUAUGUUAAUAUCAAAAAAGUAGUUAAAAUCAAAAAUAAACUUUCCUGUGGAAAAGUGUAUUUUCUAAUGUUUAACUUAUCAAGAGUUUGUUUGUAAAAAAAAUGUAUUUUAAGAAGUUACAGAUUUAAGUAUCACCCAAGUUCAUAUCUUGUUUAAACUAUAUUGAAAGGACUUAAUGUGUUUUUGGAAUUCUGAGCAACAAGUAAAGCUAAUCUGUUAGUGUUAAGAUUUGAGCAACCUGUUUUCAGUUUGGUUCAAUGGAAUGUUAUUUAGGUUUCCAGUAUCAACUGAAAUAACUUGUUAAAAUCAGAUUUAUGCAGUUAAUUGGUUAGUUUUUUGUAAAGAAGUCAUUUAAGGCUACAACGCUAUCACUGAACUUUACUGACAUCAGGCUGAACUCAGUUACAAUUCUGAGGCAUAUCAUUUGGGGGAAAAAGCAAUGUCUGCUAACUGUUGAAUGUAUUUUGCUUUCUUUGAUUCCGUAUUUUGAUUUCUUUGAUUUUGUAUUAAUUUGCAUGGCACUCAGUGGUAGAAUUACGCAUUCAUUGAGCUAAAAUUACAAGAGACACAUUUCAUGGUUAAAUAAGAUAAACAUAUUUUGCUUCAAAUAAACUUCGACAAGGAGUCCAACCAGUGUUUGUGUUCAGGUUUGUCCUUUUGCAAGUAAUUGCGCUGUUAAAAAAUAUACUUGAAUAUUAACUGUUGGACUCUCAAUAGAAAAUAGUAAAUUGAAUUAUUGAAAUUGUAACCCAACAACACCCAUAUAAGUAUAAACCAGUUUUUACUUUGAUGUGUGGUUGCCUUUAAGUUUAGUCCUUGCAUCUAUAAUUAUUUUUUUAAAAGCCGUGUAUGGUUGCACUUACAGUAGAUGUAAAAUAAUUGAUCUAUUUAGCUGAGAAUAGUAUUUAAAUAAAAACAUACAUAGUCUAAUUGUGACCUGCAGGCCAGGUUUUUUCAUUUGUGAAGUCACAGGGUUGCAUAUCAGUCAAUUAUUAGUAUUAAUUUUGAGUUAUAAGGUGUGGUCUCCUGUCUAUCAUUACUAACUACACAAAGUGGUUCACUGUGCUGGGUGUUGAAAGUCACUGUCUUGAAGUUCAAAAAUUUUAUUUCGGCUCCUGCAGUUUAUUUUGGAAUGCUGCUACUGCUAAAGGAUUGUUAAAUGGUGGGAAAUGCUUGAUGCACCUUCUUUCAUUGUGUGAAUCAAUGAACAUUCCAGCGUUGUGACCUGACUAAAGCAGUGAACCUUCGUGAAUGAAAGCUUAAGCAGUGGGUUAAUAAGACUAUCAUUAAUUUAUAAUUUUGUCCUGACUAGUGAGCUUUAUAUAUUUUCAUCUAAACACUAAGCUGAAAACCACUGUGUAAAUUGGGAGCUAGGACCAGAAAUUAGCUCUGAAAUGUUUUCUGAAGUAAUAGCAUGGACUAUAGCUGAGUUCCACAGGCCAGUUUUGUUUCCCUUUCGCUUUUGGAAGUUAUGGUUAAGUUUCCAAGACGGGAAUGUUUUUAUUUGAUAGUUCUUUUAAAUGUUAAUGUAGAAGCAGUUAUAUUUGGAAAGUGAGAAGAGCCAUGUUUAGGAGUCUGGUAUCCAAAAUAUUGAGUGUGCUCAUGAAUAGGUAAAUUUGAUGGCCAAAAUCACAGGAGGCUAUUUAGCCCACUGUAUCUGUACUACUCUCCAAAUGAGCAUCAUGACUUGGUGCCAUUCUCCUGCCUUUUCCUCAUAUAUGUUUAAACAAUUUUCUGUUCAUCUAAUACUGUUUUUAAUGCCUCAGUAGAACUUGACUCCACUACACUUUGCAUUCCAAACCCAAGCUACUCAUUUACUUUUUCUCUCACGUCACGUUUGCUUCUUUUGUAAAUUACUUUGUCCGUGCCUUCUCAUUCUUAAUCCUUUGAUGAGCAGGAGCAACCUCCCUUUCUACUCUAUAUAGACCCCUUAUGAUUUUUAAAACUCCGGACAGAUCUCCUCUCUGCUGCUCUUACAGAGAAGGCAGCAGUACUAACCUCUGCAUUGUAUCCCCAAAACUCAUUCCUAGAACCAUUUUUUUUUGUAAAUCCCUCUCUUCACUGCCUUCACAUCCUCCUUUUAUAGUGGUGCAUCCAGACCUACAUUCCAAACAAGACUGAACAAGUGUCUUUCACAACCUUCAGGAUUACUUCCUUGCUCUAGUUUUCCUUUUUCCCUCUUAAAAAGAAAAUCCAGGGUACCGCAUACUUUAUUUGCACAUCUCUACCUCACCCACCUUCAAUGACUUGUGUACGCACGUACCCAGGUCCCUGUGCUCCUGCAUUCCUUUAGAUUUGUGCCCCUUGUUUUACAUUGCUGUUCACAUUCUUUCUAAUAAAAUGCAUCUCCUUAUUCUUCUCAACAUUGAAUUUCAGCUGCCAUUAUCUAUACACUCCAACAACUUGGCAAUAUCAUUUUGAGGCUUUGUCAUCUUCACAGUUUGGUACAGCUUUCUAGUUGGUACUGUUCUCCACCAUUAUUCCCAUAGCCCUGAAAGUUUACUUCCCUUCAAGUGUUUGUCUGAUUUGCCAUUUGACAUCAUUGUUGAUCUAUGCUUUACAUUCACACCAUACUCAAGCUGACAAAUUACACGUCACUGUCAUUUUCUUUGUUUAAAAUGACGACUUCUUCAAUAUUGUUUCUCUUGUCCAUAAUUUUGAAUACCUCUAUAUUCCUUGCUCUUGCUUUGCUUCAAAGAUACCAACCCCAGUUUCUCCAAUCUAAUCUUGCAGCCAAAAAUUCUUCAUCCUUGGAGCCAUUCUGGCAAAUCUCCUCUACAUCCUCAUGAAUGAAAAAACACUUGCAACCAGAAUUGGACAUUAAACUCUAGUUGUGACCUAAAAUCAAAGCUUUGUAAAGGUUCAGGAUAAUGUCUCUGCUUUUAUAUAGGACACCUCUGUUUAUGAAAACCUAGAUCCCAUAUGCUUCACUGAUUACAUUCUUAAUUACUUGUGCCACCUUCAAACAUGUCUCCUCUUUCUGCCCUCCCCAAGGUUCCCCUCUCCCUAUAUUCAGCAGUGUAAUCAUUGGACACCCAUGACAUUGCUCGCAUGCUAACAUCCCUGUUUUACCGGUCUUGAUGUUUAAGACCACUAUCUAAAUGUUUCUUGCACAGAAGUGCCCAAGUAGCCAAAGUUGGAGAAUUGAUAUUGGCUUUGUACUCCAGAGAUUAAGUAGAAAGCUGUUGUACCUGUUUGUAACUUCCUAGCUCCUUGACAAAACAAAGUGUAGAGCAAACUCAGCAAUUCAAAAGUAAAACCAUGGACCUGAAAUGUUAACUCUGUUUCUAUAUCCACAGCGCAGCCAGAUUUGUUGAGUUACCCCUGAACUUCAUUUUUAUUUCAGGUUUCCACCAUCUGUAGUACUUUACUGUUGUUUCAAUAUGAACUGACUUUACAAAUUAGUUUAUCAUCAGUAACAGUGAUUCAUAUAGACUGUGCCACAUACACCACAGAAAUAAACCAUUUGUAGUAUCUGUACUAGAUAAACCAAACUACCAUGGUAUGGACUGUCUAGUUUUUUUUUCUUGAUUCACUCAGUGCAAAUUGCUGCACGCUGAGAGUUUCUGUGCUUCAAUUUGAAGCAGUCAAAACUGAACUGGAUAUGGUGAACAUUACUGGUUAAUAUUGUUUUUCUUUCCCUAUAACGCGUAAACCAAAUAGCUAAGUUAGGAUUGUGCUUGUUAAAAUUGAAUUUACAGUAUAAUAUUUAUUUACCUUAUUCCUUAAAUGAAAAGACUCCACUGAAAAAGAGAACUAUAAGCAGCGCAGCUCCCUUCAAAAAUUAUGGUUUCGGUUGAGAUUAUGUCCAUAUGCAAAAAUCGAUCUUGUAUCACAUUUGCAAAAUUAGGGUUAGGUAUAGUGUUGCCAAGUUUUAAUUUGUAGUUUUAUUAUGCUCUGUUAUUAAGUACAGCUAAAGACGCACAUGAUUUCAAUUGCCACUAAGAUUUCUUGCCAUAAACUGGUAUUGGUAAAUUAAUCAAUGAAAUAUAUCAAACUGUAUACCCACUACCCCAUAACCUCAUUCUGCUCAUUGUCGAAAGUUGAAAUGAUGAAAUGUUGCGAACAUAAUACAAAGUUAAAGAAAGCAGAAUCAUUUUCUAGACAAAUCAAUUUUAAUCCUUUUUGUAUGGAAAUUAUUUAUCGCUGGAAUGUAAUAUCCAAUACUGAAUGCCCAUCAUCACAAAAUGUUUGUAUGAAAGUGUUAUCAGAUCUUGUUCUGACCUGAAAGAGAUGAUUUAUCUCUAUAUAAAGUACCAAAUUGCAAUUUUAGUUUUUGGUAUUUGAUUCUUUACUGUAUAGAAAAUGCUGAUCUAAUACCAGAAUUAGUAUUGAAUAUCCUGUGCUUCCAAUAAUCUCAAAGUUGAAAACUUUAAUGAUCUCCUUGAAUGUAUUUCUGUGUUGUUGUCAUGGUUUCCAUUGCCUCUUACUCGGUCUGAAAGCUGCUCGGAUUGGCAGCUGUUAUUUGUCAGUAGCUAGUUUAAAAAAAAAACUAUACUUAAAAUGUAUAUGAGUCAAAUAAUUGACUAAUAUCAAAGCAGUUAAUGUAGGCCACUGUUUCAGUAUUUCGGGCUCAGAUCAUAUAUCUGUUACUGUGAAUUAUCUGCAAUAUAUAUCUACUUUAGUACUCUGAUUUCCCAUGUAAUCUUGAUGGUUUUGAACACUGAAGGUUUCUUCCUUCUGAUUGUGUUUAGUCUUGGCAUUUGUUUUUUUUCUUCCUUCCCUUUAUUGAUAAAUUGUCUCUUGAAAAUGUGUGCAAUAACAUUGCCUCUGUUGUGACAUGGAUAAAGUAUAUGCACAUUUAUAUAGA